CAAGCAGGAAGUUAGCAAAAGUUGAGCAAAGCGAAAUUGAUGCUGGCAGAGUUUCUGCGAGCAUUUUGCGCGAUUUGUGCGAGAAUUCUGGCAACGGAUUCGCUCAAAUGCAACAACCGUUUCUGACAGAAGCGGUUAAACAAACCGAUGCUGCUCACUUUUAUCCAGAAUCGAGCCAGAAAUGUACGGCCAAGAUCUCUGCACGCUUCCUGCCACAUCUUUGUCAGAUGUUUUGCUCGAUUCGCGCUAAAUUCUACCAGGUAGGAAUUGCCAGGAUCUUUGCACAGUUUAUGUCCGUAAUAUGCCAGGGUUUAGCUCGGUUCCGCUUGCCACGCUGACCGGGUGCCAGCAUCAAUUUCACUUUGCUCAACUUUUGCUAACUUUCUGCUUGCCACGGUGACUGGGGUAGAGCUAUAACCGCUGUCAAUUCAGUCGAACUCAGCCAAUAAAAAACAUGACGACAGUAGCGCACCUGGUGGAAAUAACUACCUUCGAAACCGUUGGGGAUUUUUACACAAGUUACAAUAUAAAUUUUGUUCGAGCUCAACCCAGUGAGCAAAUUUUCUGGCAGAGACCGCUCUGCUAGAUUUCUGUAAGUCUUGGUUUGGCAGCCCUGUCAGAUUUCUGCGCGUAUCCUGUCGGGUUAGUUGAGCUAGGGCGAACUUGGUUUCGCUCGUGUUUUCUGGCAAAUUUUGACAGGAACCGAGCAAAACCCUGGCAUAACUCGGACAUAAACUGUGCAAAGAUCCUGGCAAUUCCUACCUGGUAGAAUUUAGCACGAAUCGAACAAAACGUCUGCAAAGAUGUGGUAGGAAGCGUGCAGAGAUCUUGACCGUACAUUUCUGACUGGAUUCUGGAUAAAAGUGAGCAGCAUCGGUUGGUUUCACCGCUUCUGUCAGAAACGGUUGUUGCAUUUGAGCGAAUUCGUUGCCAGAAUUCUCGCACAAAUCGCGCAAAAUGCUCGCAGAAACUCUGCCAGCAUCAAUUUCGCUUUGCUCAACUUUUGCUAACUUUCUGCUUGCCACGCUGACCGGGAAGUGUCUUUUAUCUGUGGUAUUGCGCUUGCAUUCAAGUGGCAUUCCUUGCAUACAAGCUGCACAUCCAUUUUAUCCCAGAAAAAUUCUGUCGAAAUUGAAUCGGAAUUUCGGCUGUUUCCAGUUACGAUUCUGGCUCCAGUGACACAACCGAUUCCAGUUAGCACUUGAGCCGGAAUACUAACUGGAACCAGCCGGAAUUCCGGCUCAUUUCUAGUUGAACUUUACUGGGAUGGCUUGCCCGCAUGCGCAUGCGCGUGUCCGGUGUCUUGGCUAAAUGUCAUUCCGUCAAGUGACAGAAACCUCAAUACAAAAAUAUGUAAAAAGAAGAAAAGAAAACCUCAUGUCUGCAAAAAAACAUUUUUUACCUUGUGUUGCCUAUUAUUUUAAUUUGUGAUUACAAGAUUAGUAAAUAAUUUGCCAGAAAAUAUCGCCUGCUCUAAUGAAACGAACAUAUCCGAUGGUCGGAUCCAGUACGGGUCCGGCUACCGAAAACGGCAAUGGCACAGGAUUACGACUCAUUAAUUUGCACCGGCAGGGGCUUCCAAUUUUUCAAGUCCGAAAGUCUAUUGUGGACGCAGUGAAACGACAUCAGACGUUGAUACUGCUUAGUGAUACUGGAUCCGGCAAGAGUACCCAGGUUCCACAGUUUUUAUACGAAGCAAACAUCAAUCAGGGUAAGAUGAUUGCGAUAACGCAACCCCGGCGUGUUGCAGCAAUAACUGUAGCCAUGAAAGUUGCCCAGGAAAAGGAGUGCCCGAUCGGUGAUGUUGUUGGUUACUCGGUUCGUUUUGAAGACGUCACAUCCGAAAAUACUCGAAUUAAGUUUAUGACGGAUGGCACAUUAUUCCGGGAAGCUCUGUCGGAUCAAUUGCUGAAAAACUAUAAUGUGAUUGUGUUGGAUGAAGCACACGAAAGGACAAUUGCCACCGAUGUACUGUUCGGAAUUGUUAAAAAAGCACAGCAGACUAGAAGGACGAAACUACUGGAACCACUGAAAGUGAUAGUAAUGUCUGCGACGAUGGAUGUGGAUCAUUUUUGUCAAUAUUUCAAUCAAUGUCCAACCUUGUACCUACGUGGCCGCACUUUUGUUGUAAAAGUUUUCCAAUCGAAAGACAAGAUUUGCUAUCUGGAAGCAUGUAUAAAGACAAUUUUUCAAAUCCACGAAAACCGAGACUGCAACGGAGACAUUUUGGUGUUUCUGACAGGCCAAGAGGAAAUUGAAGCUACAGCAACACUGAUACGAAGGCUUGCCAAAUCAUUGCACCAACGAGACGUUCCUAGGUUGAUUGUCUAUCCGCUGUUUGCUGCCAUGCCCCAACAGAGCCAAAUGAAUGCUUUCUCCAAGACACCACCCGGAGCACGGAAAAUUAUUUUGGCCACAAACAUCGCGGAAACGUCCAUCACUAUUCCGGGCAUCAAAUACGUCAUCGACUGUGGAAAAGCAAAGAUUCGCACGUAUGAUUCCAUGACAGGAAUCGAUAGCCUCAAAGUAGCGUGGAUAUCUAAAGCUCAAGCUUGGCAACGAACUGGGCGUGCUGGCCGUAUUGAUGACGGCGAGUGUUACCGCACAUACUCCAAGGAAGAGUUUGAAGCUAUGGAAACUAAUAGCAAACCGGAAAUUUUGCGUUGCAACAUCGCAGCCUCCACGCUCCAGUUGUUGGCGUUAGGAAUCGAUUGCAGAGACUUUGAUUUUAUUGACAAACCCCCAAUAGAUGCAAUUGAUAGCGCUCUGCAGGAACUUAAAGACCUAGGAGCUAUUCUAUCCGUCGAAACACCCGCACUAACUACUCUCGGUCGAAGAAUGUCUAAAUUUCCAUUGGACCCAAAAUACGCAAAAAUAGUGCUAAGCGCAUCCGAAUUCGGUUGCCUUGAUGAAAUCCUCUCUAUCGUAGCCAUGCUGUCCGGUGAAAACAUCUUCCUCAACAACAACCAAAAACGAGAGCAACAGCUGAUGGCACAUUCAAAGUUCCACGCAAAAUGCGGGGAUCACAUGACCCUGCUAAACGUAUUUAACGAGUUCCAAGCGAAAGAUAAAUCACGAAGAUGGUGCUUUGACAAUUUUCUUCUCGAGCGCAAUCUUAGCCACUCAACUGCAGUCCGUCAACAGCUCAGUGAUAUUUGCCACACGCUAGGCCUCCAAUCGAGCUCCAGCCAAAAUGAUCCGAUUCCGAUUGUAAAAUGUCUCUUAACCGGACUGUACAACAACAUCGCCGAGUUGCAGCGAGACAAUUCCUAUCUAACCAUGGCCAACCGCACCCAAUCCCGAAUCCAUCCGUCCAGUGUGCUUGCGGGGCGAGCACGGCCUGGCUAUGUUCUCUUUACAGAACUGGUUGCAACAGGGAACAACUAUCUACGAACCGUUAGCGAAAUAGAGCCCGAAUGGAUCGGGGAGGUGGUACCGAAUUGUGGCUUUCGGGAUCGUAUUAUUUGCGGUCUAAAUCGAGGCAGUAGUAGUAGUUAUACUACAAUUCAUCGCAGCAUUCGGUUGGCCUAAGUGGCCACAAAAUCAGCUCCAAUGCCAAUCUGACGAAAUUGACAAAAUUCAUUGAAAAGUACAAUGGAUACUUUAUCCAUUUUCCCUUUCAUUACUUAAAUUGAUUUAAUUUUCUAUUGAUUCACCUUUAAUAAGAAAAAAGAUGUCAAUGAAUAAACUAUGGAAGCACAGAUUUUUUUUGAGUUGGAUAUAAAAUUCCAGAAAUUUCUUUACUGUAGUACGUAGUACUUGUAGUCAGUUUCAUGAAACAUGGACCAAAUAUUCGAUCAUGGAAAACCCUACACCUAAACGACCAUUUCAAUAAUCUUGAUUUGAAAGCUGUACAUUAAUAUGCCGUAGGAAAACAAUUCCUGUAACCCAAAUAAAAUUAGCUCGGAUCUGCAAUUUUAGUUCGGCUCAGUAAGCGAUUGGCUUUUUUAGUAAAGUUCAGGAAUGUAUACCGUUUAGAUUUAUCUGAAUUCUUCAAAAUUAAAAGCGUCGUCCUGACAUACCGAUUAAUGCUUAUCUAAUCCAGAUUUUAGAUUAUUUGUCCAGAUUUAACCAGAUAAUUUGAAAAAUAAUUUAACCCUUAAAUGCAUGAAACUCAUUUUUUAUUGGUACUCAUUUUUCGGUAUGGAUACAAUAUUUGCCUCUUGUUGAGGUUUUAUAUCACAUAAUUCGGUAUGUUGCCAAAUAGCAUUUAUGCAUAUAAGAGUUAGUGGAAAACGAGAAAAACUCUAGAAAGAGAGCUGCGGAGACUCCAUUUUGGAUCGAUUGGAUUCGCGUUUAGCUGUCAAAAAACGAAUCCAAUCGAACAUUCCCACUGAGACGUCCAAAAAAUGGUUUCAAAAUCGUUCAACACGGGUCCAAGGAUGGGCGUUUGUUGAACGGUUAUUUGGACGUUGUCCAAAUUGGUCCAACGAAUGUCCUUCAUUGGACGAUUUUGAAACCAACCGUUCUUAUAGGGUUGCCUAUCCUCAUAACAUUGGACGUGUUGCCAUACAAUGCCGGGGCAUACGUUGCCAAAAAUGCUGUUUUUCUCUCCGCAGAUCUCUUACUAGUUUUUCUAAUAUAAACAAUCAAAAUUCUCGACAAACAUAUGAUUACGGCCUAAAAGCCAACUGUCAAAAUCCACUUUGAAUGGAAAUUCCAGACCAACCGUUACUACCCGGUCAGCGUGGCAAGCAGAGAGUUAGCAAAAGUUGAGCAAAGCGAAAUUGAUGCUGGCAGAGUUUCUGCGAGCAUUUUGCGCGAUUUGUGCGAGAAUUCUGGCCACGAAUUCGCUCAAAUGCAACAACCGUUUCUGACAGAAGCGGUUAAACCAACCGAUGCUGCUCACUUUUAUCCAGAAUCGAGCCAGAAAUAUCCGACCAAGAUCUCUGCACGCUUCCUGCCACAUCUUUGUCAGAUGUUUUGCUCGAUUCGUGCUAAAUUCUACUAGGUAGGAAUUGCCAGGAUCUUUGCACAGUUUAUGUCCCAGUUAUGCCAGGGUUUAGCUCGGUUCCUGUCAAAAUUUGCCAGAAAACGCGAGCGAAAACGAGUUUACCCUAGCUCAAGUAACCUGACAGGAUACGCGCAGAAAUCUGACAGGGCUGCCAAACCAAGACUUACAGAAAUCUAACAGAGCGGUCUCUGCCAGAAAAUUUGCUCACUGGGUAGUCGAACACAGUUCACAACAGUUUAUGAAAGAGAAAACUUUUCUCUUUCGUUUAUUAUCAACAUCUGUGAUUGGCGUGUAACGGUUUGUCCGGAAUUUCCAUUCAAAGUGGAUUUUGACAGUUGGCUUUUAGGCCGUAAUCAUAUGUUUGUCGAGAAUUUGCUAUUUAAUAAUAUUUAAUAACAGUUAUUAAAUAUUAUUAAAUAGCAAAUUCUCCAGUUACUGGUCUCGAAUAAUUGUAUUGCGGGCACUGGCAGAGAACUUCCUGCCAAAUUUCUGUCUGUCUUAGUUUAGCAGCCCCCGUUCGGACGUGCCUGGCAGGAUUCCCCCCAGAUAGCCGGCAGCGAAAUAAAACCUCUGGCAGAAUUUCUGGGGGUCUGGCUGGCAGAGCGCUGCCCAGCCGGCCGGCUUAAAUGCAACAACCGUUUCUGGCAGAAUUUUUCGCCUUACGGUUAUUAACGGUUUUUUCUGCCGGAUUUCUGCCAGGCACGCACCGGCAGGACCGGUUUUGUACCGCUUCAGGUUUUGCUUGUAUUUUUUCUUAAUUUUGUUUUAAUUUUAUGUAAAUUUGUAAUAAAAACAUGUCUGGAGACAUGAAAUCCAUAUUACUUACCAUGUUUGAAAUCUUUGUUUCUUCCUAUUUUUUCAUCUGCCAAAACUAUCCUUCUUGGAAAAAUAUUAAUAUGGCGAAAAUGAAACAACGAUAAACAAAACAGAACUGGUGAGGCGAAUCUGCCUGCCAUAACUGGAAGGAGUAUAGCUGAAUUCUGGCAGCGCCAUUUUGAUAAUUUUGACAGCUGCCGGAAUCCUGACGGAUUUUUGCUGGCUGCCCGUUUUUCUUCCAAGCGGGCCUGUCUGCGCGCAUCCCCAGUGAGCAAAUUUUCUGGCAGAAAACGCGAGCGAAACCGAGUUCGCCCUAGCUCAACUAACCCGUCAGGACCCGCUCGGACGUGCCCAGCAGAAUUCCCCCCAAAUAGCCGGCAACGAAAUAAAGUCUGGCAGAAUUUCUGGGGGUCUGUCUGGCAGAGCGCUGCCCAGCCGGCCGGCUCAAAUGCAACAAUCGUUUCUGGCAGUAUUUUUCGCCUUACGGUUAUUAACGGUUUUUUCUGCCGGAUUUCUGCCAGGCACGCACAGGCACGACCGGUUUUGUACCGCUUCAGGUUUUGCUUGUAUUUUUUCUUAACUUUUUUUUAAAUUUUAUGUAAAUUUAUAAUAAAAACAUGUCUGGAGACAUGAAAUCCAUAUUACUUACCAUGUUUGAAACCAAAAUCAUUGUUUCUUCCUAUUUUUUCAUCUGCCAAAACUAUCCUUCUUGGAAAAAUAUAAAUAUGGCGAAAAUGAAGCAACGAUAAACAAAACAGAACCGGUGAGGCGAAUCUGCCUGCCAUAAUUGGGAGGAGUAUAGCUGAAUUCUGGCAACGCCAUUUUGAUAAUUUUGACAGCUGCCGGAAUCCUGACGGAUUUUUGCUGGCUGCCCGUUUUUCUUCCAGACAGGGCUGCCAAAACAAGACUUACAGAAAUCUAGCCGAGCGGUCUCUGCCAGAAAAUUUGCUCACUGGGUGACUGCUUCGAUUCGGUCAGCGUGGCAAGCAGAAAAUUAGCAAAAGCUGAGCAAAGCAAAAUUGAUGCUGGCAGAGUUUCUGCGAGCAUUUUGCGCGAUUUGUACGAGAACAACCGUUUCUGACAGAAGCGGUUAAACCAACCGAUGCUGCUCACUUUUAUGCAGAAUUCAGCCACAAAAGUACGGCCAAGAUCUCUGCACGCUUCCUGCCACAUCUUUGUCAGAUGUUUUGCUCGAUUCGUGCUAAAUUCUACCAGGUAGGAAUUGCCAGGAUCUUUGCACAGUUUAUGUCCGAGUUAUGCCAGGGUUUUGCUCGGUUCCUGUCAAAAUUUGCCAGAAAACGCGAGCGAAACCGAGUUCGCCCUAGCUCAACGAACCGGACAGGAUACGCGCAGAAAUCUGACAGGGCUGCCAAACCAAGACUUACAGAAAUCUAGCAGAGCGGUCUCUGCCACAAAAUUUGUUCACUGGGCGUGGCAAGCAGAAAGUUAGUAAAAGUUUAGCAAAGCGAAAUUGAUUCUGACAGCGUUUCUGCCAGUAUUUUGCGCGAUUUGUGCGAGAAUUCUUGCAAAGAAUUCGCUCAAAUGCAACAACCGUUUGUGAGAGAAGCGGUUAAAUUAACCGAUGCUGCUCACUUUUAGCCAGAAUCCAGCCAGGAAUGUACGGUCAAAAUUUCUGUACGUUCCCUGCCACAUCUUUGUCAGAUAUUUUGCUAGAUUCGUGCUAAAUUCCACCAGGUAGGAAUUGCCAGGAUCUUUGCACGAAUUAUUUCCGAGUUAUGCCAGGGUUUUGCUCGAUUCCUGUAAAAAUUUGCCAGAAAACGCGAGCGAAACCGAGUUCGCCCUAGUUCAACUAACCUGACAGGAUGCGUGCAAAAAUCUGACAGGGCUGCCAAAACAAGACUUACCGGAAUCUAGGAGAGAAGUCUCUGCCAGAAAAUUUGAUGACUGGGAUGCAUACGUGCAUUCUACUCCAUGGCUGCACACCUCAAAUAGUAUAGAAAUAAAGAGGCUCUUUGUGAACAUUCAUAAAUUACGUAACACUUCUAGGGAAGAGGGGGUCCGACAAAUUGUGACAUGUUGUUACAUAUACUCCCCCCAUAUGUAACAACAUGUCACAAUUUGUCGGACCCCCUCCUAGAACGUCACGUAAUAUGUUUUUACUGAAAGAAAAAAACAUUUUUCUAAGAAUUUGUUACGUAAUAGGGGAGGGGAGGGGGUACAGAAAUUUGUAACAAUUUGUUACAUGGGGGGAGGGGGGAGCCAAUUUUGAGCAAUUUUUGAGUUACGUAAUUUAUGAAUGGUCUCUUUAGUGUGAAUCUAGGUCCCACGCUCACGGAAGCAGGGAAGGCAACCGAACAACAUUUUUAAAACCUUCCGAUCAAUCUUUAUCUGAAUUGUAGUUUGAUUCGCCUUCCUACGUGCUUGCCAAUGAGGGAAGGCACAAAAAAGUGGCUCUUCAAGGUGACUCUUUGCGCGAAAUUGUGUAGCUCUUGGUGCACAGAUCUUGCUCUUUUUAGUUUUCAAACUUCUCUUUGUGCGGUCGUUCUGCAUAUCGCAGUGUUUUUGCGCUGCUCUAUUUUUCAUCGGUGUAUUUCGCACCUUGUGCACAUUGUGUGAGCGAAUAACAAACCUGCGUCUAAAUAAAACUUUUCAAACGAACCAUUACAAAUGCAUAGUCCAACAAGAGACAUAGGAAAUCGUUCGAUUUAAUCACUUCACCUGGGUUCGUAGGGUUAGAGAUUUUUCUAACCCGAAAAGAGGCGAAUGACCAUAAGGUUAAAAACUCUAUAAUAUUUUUUUUUAAAAAAGAGCUUCAAUCACUAUUUAACGUUCCGCGCAUUUAUUUUCCA